ACUGACCCAAGGUACCUACCAAACAGGUUUCUACUUACCCCCGAACACGUCCGCAAGCAGGCCAAACUCCCUGUUCCUAAGCAGAUACCUAUAUUUGGAGACUCGGUACCAGAUCUUAUUUUGUUUUGCUCAGUAAUAUUGCCAGUGUUGCAUGUUAGCAUACAUUCACCAUGCCACCGACACGAAGCCUACGACAGCGUACUGCUACUAAUGAAAACGAUGAGAAUGCAACCGCAGCAUCCACACGGCUCACCCGGGCCAAAUCUGCCGCGCUAUCUGUGCCUGAAUCGCAAACCGGCGCGGUCAAGAAGGCCUUAGGCGCGAGAAACACGGUCAACACAUCCUCUACGGCCCUGCAACGGAAGAGAGCUGCUCUCGGGGAUGUGAGCAACGUGUCAAAGCAGGAUAACGGUGAUAGCAAGCAGCUCAAGAAACCAUCUGCCUCUCGCGCAACACUCACUUCCAAGACCUCAACUCAGACAGGGGGCGUACAGAAGGUUACCCGCACAAACACCACAAGAACUGCCUUGGGAGUCAAGGACUCGAACAAGAGAGAAACCACCACAGAACCUAAGCGUCCUGGCAGCGGCUCCGGCGUCAUGGGCGGUCUCCAAACAAAACGUCACAGCCACAAGCCUGCUAGAGCUGACAGUGUUGUCAGUGAAGAACCACCGCGCAAGAAGCAUGACAGCGGGAAGGAUGUCUUGAAAACAGAAGAAAAAUCGGAGGACGAGGCAGAAGAAAAGGAAAAGGUUGAGGUCAAGGUUGAAGUUGAGACUGAAGCCAGAGUGGAUGUUGUCGAUUCCCAGGAGUCCGUCCAGGAUGAAGUCAAGGAAGAGCGAGACGUUGACGUCGUGAUAGACUUGGAUGCUGAAGACCUUUACGACCCCAUGAUGGCCACAGAGUACGUUGUUGAUAUUUUUGAGUAUCUCAAGGAGCUCGAGCCUAUCACCAUGCCCAACCCUGACUACAUGGACCACCAAGACGAGCUAGAGUGGAAGAUGCGUGGUAUCCUGGUUGACUGGCUCAUCGAAGUCCACACCCGCUUCCGUCUCCUCCCAGAGACCCUCUUCCUCACAGUCAACAUCAUUGACAGGUUCCUCUCUGCCGAAGUUGUCACUCUUAACCGACUCCAGCUCGUUGGCGUCACCGCUAUGUUCAUUGCUUCCAAAUACGAAGAGGUUCUCUCACCACACGUUGCCAACUUCAGCCACGUUGCCGAUGAUACUUUCUCGGAUAAGGAGAUUCUCGAUGCUGAGAGACACAUCCUCGCAGUUCUCAACUAUGACCUCAGCUAUCCUAACCCAAUGAACUUCCUGCGCAGAAUAUCAAAGCCUGACAACUAUGAUGUCCGAACGAGAACGCUUGCCAAGUACCUUAUGGAGAUCAGCUUGGUUGACCACAGGUUCAUGAAGUACCGUCAAUCACAUAUUGCUGCUGCUUCCAUCUUCCUUGCUCGUGUCAUAUAUGAACGUGGCCCAUGGGAUGCAACUAUUGCUUAUUAUUCUGGUUAUACCAAAGAAGAGAUCAUGCCUGUGUAUGAGUUGCUUAUUGAUUACCUCUGCCGACCACCUGUCCAUGAAGCAUUCUUCAAGAAAUAUGCCAGCAAGAGAUUCCUCAAAGCCUCCAUAAUGACUCGACAAUGGGCAAAACAGUACCACGCCAUCAUGAAGGCCAAGAACAAUGCUGCCCGCGAACAAGACCCGAAACCCAAGUCGAAGGUCGCGUCGUCAUAGUCAUUUCACGAUUCCGGGCUAGAUGAGAAACACUCUCCUGCUUGAUCCACCUCCCCUUUACGAAAACGUCUGUCAAUAGUCACUCCCAUUUAUCCUCGCCCUGCAAGGCUGCCACUACGUAUUGUACCUAUCACUGCACUAAUUCUGCAUGUGUAUACAUACAUAAGCCGUCUUCUACCCUUAUUCUCAUCCUCAUCCAGCACUUUGUUGUUUGGCGUUAUCUUGCUUUGCUUUUUUCUUGGGAUGUAUUGCUUGUGGGUGGCGUUGUGCAUUUGGAAAGCAUACUCGAGCCGUUGUGUUUGUCUUAAUCUUCCUCCUUGCCUCGAAUUCCCUUCACUUCUCUUUCUCUUCUUUCAUCCGUUCUCAGCCUGUCUCCUCGGCGAUCUCAGGCGUUAGGCGACCAGGCUGAAGUGGAAUUCUUUAUCGUCUGCUUUAAGCUUGCUCCUCCCCACUACCAUCAAUCCUCCUUAUGCUUUACCGUUCCUGCUACCUGAAACAACCUCUUCACCCCUCCAAAAAGGUACCCUUUCAUGUCUAUUCUAUUCCAAAUCUCUUGUUCUCUGAGUGCCUGGUUGAACCAUUUUUUAAAGCUUGUUUGAACUAUUUUCUUUAGGGGGAGGAAUGAACGGACACGGAUGGACGAACAAACGGUCGGCGA